AGGCUAGUCUGAUAACCUGCAGGUAGGCUGCUACGUGUGAUUGGUGGUAGGGCUACUGUAGGAGACCUUUUGCAUUGGCGACGCAGCGGGUUGUAUGGAUUGGUUGAGCGAUGCAAGGUAGAAUUGGGCGACACUCAGGAAGAAACUCUGUGAUUUCAUUCCGACUUUAGUCGCCACGAGACGGGACCAUAUUUCCUCACUGAGUCAGCACAAGGAGGUGAAAAACGGUGUCUAAUCUAAUCACUUCGGUCUUCCCUGGCGGCGACAUGGCGAGGGAGAACGGAGAGUCGGGCGGGGAUGGAUCUUGGAAGAAGAAUGUCGAUGAUAUCACGCUUGUAUUCGAGUUCAAAGAAGUCCUUGGAACUGGUGCGUUCUCUGAGGUGAUCAUGGCCAGGGAGAAGGCCACAGGGAAGAUGGUUGCAGUGAAGUGCAUCCCCAAGAAAGCGCUGAAGGGGAAAGAGACCAGCAUUGAGAAUGAAAUCACCGUGCUUAGGAAGAUAAAACAUGAGAACAUUGUGGCUUUGGAGGACAUCUAUGAGAGCUCCAACCACCUAUACCUCAUCAUGCAGUUGGUGUCUGGUGGUGAGUUGUUUGACCGCAUCGUAGAGAAGGGUUUCUACACCGAGAUGGACGCCAGCAGGCUCAUUAAACAGGUGCUUGACGCUGUCAACUACCUCCAUGCUAUGGGCAUCGUACACAGAGACCUCAAGCCAGAGAACCUGCUUUACUACAACCCCCAUGAUGAGGCCAAGAUCAUGAUCAGUGACUUUGGUCUGUCUAAGAUGGAGGGGACAGGAGACGUGAUGGCCACUGCCUGUGGGACGCCAGGAUAUGUGGCCCCAGAGGUUCUGGCCCAGAAGCCCUACAGCAAAGCAGUGGACUGCUGGUCGAUCGGAGUCAUCGCUUACAUUCUGUUGUGUGGUUACCCUCCAUUCUAUGACGAGAAUGACUCUAAGUUGUUUGAGCAGAUACUCAAGGCAGACUAUGAGUUUGAUGCACCCUAUUGGGAUGAUAUAUCGGAUUCAGCCAAAGAGUUCAUCAGCUCUCUGAUGGAGAAGGAUCCAGAGAAGAGAUUCACCUGUGACCAGGCUCUAGCCCACCCCUGGAUUGCUGGGGACACGGCUCUCUGCAAGAACAUCCAUGAAUCAGUCAGUCGGCAGAUGAGGAAAAAUUUUGCCAAAAGCAAAUGGAGGCAAGCGUUUCACGCCACGGCAGUGAUCCGUCAUAUGAGGCGCUUGCAGCUGGGCAGUAGUCUGAACAGUAGCUUUGGCAGCAGUAUGAGCUUUGACCAACAGGGACCGAACUCUAUGCUGGCCAAGAGCAUGUCUGUAGACUGUGCCACCCUCUCACGCAAAGACGGUGACUGAAUGACGCCUUUACGUUACUUUACCGGUUUAGUCUGGUAUUUUGGAUCUAUCAAGCCUGUAACUUUUUAAUCGAUUGGUUCCCAUUGACUUAUAUUGUAGUGCAAUUCCAUAAGGAUCAUUUACUCCAAUUCUGUUUCAGUAAUUAUUUUCUUUUAAGUGUAGGCUUCAGUGAUUCUAGUGAUCUUCUCUCUUCAGGUCCUCCACAACCUCUGCCCACUCUGCCUCUCUCCACUGCAGCCUGCAGUGCCCCUGCCAGCAUCAGAGGGGAACCACAGGCAGAACUACAGGUUGUGGCUACAGCUGCAGCGGUGGAGCCACCCCGGCCACGCCCAUCCACAGUCUCCACCAUCCACAUGGGGACUAAAUGACGUCAGGUUCCGCGGGAGGUCAGUUGGGAGACCACAGAGCUUUGAGUUGGGAUUCUAAUUCAGCCCCUCAGAAUUCCAGAAUUUCUCUCCUAGUCUGCCCAUCCCGCUCAUUAUCAGCUGUUGGGAUUGAGGACUUGAGGACCCCUUCUAUUUACCAUGGCUCAGCACUUACUGCAUUCUCAGGGCAGCACUCUGUCUGUACCCAACCACAGUAAGUGUAUUCAGAGAUGUGAAAUCAAAUGAAGAGUGCUCACAGGAUUUCCUAUUCUAUCAAACAGACAAUCAUAUCUGUUCUACAUGAUACAUUCCUAUUUGAACAUUCUACUUCCUAACGGACCACAGGUCUGAUGGUGAAGAGAUGAGGAGGACCACUGUCUCUCUCUGUCUACUGACCAGAGGGUUUAAUUUUUUCGGGCUAGUGGGGCCAGUUUCCCAGUGUUUGAAUUGGGUUGGUGCACUCGGUACAGAGUAAUUGCAACACAAAAUGUUCACUCUAAAAUAUGAACACGGACAUUAAAAUAUUGUACUGUAAAAUGAAAAUGAGCCUGGCUCCUGAAAUGAAUACCGGCAUCUUUGUCAUUCCGCUUCAAGCACUGCUGUGUUGUAAGACUGUCCUCCAGAAGACAAGAAGACCUGUUUUGUAUGGGACAUUGGUGGUGUUAUGAGGCCACACUAUGCUAGGUUGAAGAUGGAGAAGGUUAAGACGACGUAAUAAUUCCGUGCAGAUGCGUUCGAAUAUAAACAAAUUCAUUGGACCAGCGCUGGAGCGAAAAUGACUGGGAGUGAACGUUAGCAGUACAGAACGUUUGCCGUCAAAGUGGAAAAUAAACACAAUCGUUGGGAAUUUCUGUUACAUACUCAGCCAACAAAUAACCUAACUGUUUUACUGUCAUUCUAUUCGUUUAAACGUUUUUCAAAUGAGCUACAGACACUUUACUACUUGAUUUCCCAACCGCUGGUCACGUUUUCAUCUCCUGUAAAAUCAGCAACAGCGCUGGUCCAAUGAAUGUGUUUAUUUUCAAAUGCCGCCGCAUGGAAUUAUUCCGUU